CAUUAAACUAAUAUUGUCUUUAUUUUAUUAAGUAAAAAGCCUUGAAUGAUUUUUUUUCUCAAAGUUAAACAGGUGUGACGGGUGGCCACCUGUCAUACAUUUCCGUACUUCCCCUUGCGCCACUCAAAUCAUCACAAAAAUCAAAUUAAUUAUUUUUCACCAUUAUAAUAACACGUUUCCGUUUAAUUAAAUACUGAAAUUAAAGUAAACUUCCGUGUUUUUUUUUCACAUUACGUGAUAUAAAUAGGCGACAAAAUUGCCGAUUUAGUCAUAAAAAUGUUGCGUUUCGUGUCAUUCUUGUGUCUUUUCCUCCUAGUGCAGGGUGAGGUUUUGGAGAUGUUCAAUCCGUCAAGUUUGCAAAACUGUAUGAAAAAACUGAGCAUCGGUGAAGAUGAAUGGGCCCAAGUGUUACAAGACAAGCCCGAAGUUCCGCCCGAGAAGAUAUUGUGUCUUUUCAAGUGUGCUAUGGAAGAUGAUGGGCUUCUCAAAGAUGGCGUUUUGGACAAAAGCAAAUGGCCGAUGCCCGAUUGUGUGCAAAAUGUCGGCACAAUAUCCAACUGCACUGAUAUGGUCGCAUUUAAAGAUUGUUUUAAUUAGGAUUGAUGAAAAAACGUGAUAAACACUUAUAACUUUUAUUAAUCUUGUACUUAUUGUCAGAACAUUACGUUUAAUAAGGACACAGAAUUGACUCGUUCCUUAGACCUACAACAAACAUUUACAAAGAAAAAUAACAGACAACCUUCUUACUUCAAUUAAAUUUAUUCAAUCACACCAAACUAAACAAUUUAAAAAAUACUCAAAGGCAGAUUUAGGACAUUGAAAACAAGAAAAACUAUCAUCACAGGCUAUAAAAAUGAUACAAAUUUUUCAACAAACUAAUAAAUUACUAAGAUUCA